AUGAACAGAGAAGACGAUAGGAGGUUGAUAGAACUCUGCAGAAGGCUUGCUGAUCAUGCAUUGCACAUUAUGACAAUACAUCAUGAUUUCGUACUUCAUUUGGCUAUUACUUUUAAAAGAAGAGACCCGGUCCUCAAGCUCACAGAUGAGUUGCCCCCGCAUCUUCUUGAUAAAAUCACCCGCCAAAAUAUAUUAGGAAACAUUGUUCUUUAUGAAAUCGCCGUUGCGGAGAAGUUGUUAAACAAAGCGCCGGGGCUGUUAGGCAUGCGCAACAACAAUGGACAGACAACUCUCUUUCGUGCGGCACUCUAUGGAAAAGCUGAGAUUUUCAAAUUUCUUGACGGUAAACUCUCUGGUUAUGAUCCAGACAAUAAGCAGCCCUUUGUUGAGAGGAAUGAUAAAUCUACUAUUCUUCACGUUUCUGUUAUUGCUCGACAGUUUGAUUUGGCCCUGCAAAUUGCAAAUGACUAUAAGAACCUAAUUGAGCAAAAAGAUAUGGAUGGUAUGACUGCUCUUCAACUUCUAUCUUGCAAGCCGGAAGCUUUUAGUUGUCAGAGUGAAUGUGAUUUUUUCGAUAAACUGAUCAACAGCUCUGGUAGUGAUGAAAAUUUGUAUAUUGAUUCCAUUGAAAAUCCUCAAUUUUCAACCCAACUUUCAAACUCUGAUAAUAUAUCUAUUUUCACCAAUACUGAAGAAUCUCAUUUGUCUACUCCAAUUGAAUCUAACUCUAAAAGAUCACGUGGCGGCAACUUUACUGCAAAAGAGGAUCUUCUUAUUGUGUCAGCAUGGCUUAAUACCAGUUUAGAUGUUGUGCAAGGAAAUGAACAAAAACACAAAACAUAUUGGGCACGAUUGUUGGAGUACUUCCAUAAAUACAAAAAUUUUGAAUCUGAAUGUACACAAGUUUCUUUGAUGAACCGUUGGUCAACAAUUCAACUAGCUACAAACAAAUUUUGUGGAUGCUAUGCUUAG